AUGCACCGACGGAUUGAUCAUACGCUGCUCAAGGCCGAGGCGCAACCGUCUCAGAUUACGACGCUCUGCCACGAAGCGACUCGCUUUGGCUUCUAUGCUGUGUGCGUGAACCCGUGCUAUGCUCGACUUGCGCGCAAGACGCUGGACGAGCUCGACGCCAGUGACGCCAGUGACGCCAGUGGUACGACCAGUAGUGGUCCAAGCCGUAGUACCCCCACGUGCCACGUCAAAGUGUGCUGCGUCGUGGGGUUCCCGCUCGGAGCUGCGACCACAGAGACAAAGGCAUUUGAAUCCCAACAGUGUCUGGAGGCGGGUGCCGAGGAGAUCGAUAUGGUGCUCAACGUGGGAAUGCUCUGCGCCCACGAGUACGACGCCGUUCGGAGGGACAUUGGCGCUGUCGUGGCCGUGUGCGCAGACCGCCGCGCGCUGUGCAAAGUGAUCCUCGAGACGGCGCUACUGACGCCAGCGCAGGUCCGCAGAGCCAGUGAAUUGGCCAUUGAGGCCGGUGCAGACUUUAUCAAGACGUCCACGGGGUUCUCGACGCGAGGUGCCAGUGAAGAAGACGUAAAGCUCAUGGUGAGUAUUGCCGGACCUGCUGGGAAACAAGUGAAGGCGAGCGGCGGCAUUCGGUCAGCUGCUGACGCAGCGAAGAUGGUUGCACUGGGAGCUACGCGUCUUGGGACAAGUGCCAGUGUCGACAUUGUCCAAGGCUUGCCGACCACAGGUGGCGCGUAUUGA